AGGGCUUCAGCCAUUUUGCAUUUGAGUUCAUCUCCAUUGGCAAGUUGGAAGUUCGCAGAAGAGGAGAGAUUAAAAUACACCAAAAAAAUUUUUUUUUGUGAGAAAAGUUGGGUGGAAAAAUUGUUUGAGAAAAUCCCCGUGAACUCUUGCAUCUCAGCUUGUGAUUGGUUUGAAAAGUGCCAGGCAGUGCCGAGAGUGCUCGUCAGAGCUUUGUUCAAGUGGAAAAAAGUGGUGUUUUUCAUUCGGGGUCAGAGGAAAAGGCGCUUUUACUAUUGUGAACCCGAUCGAAGAGAAAAAAAUUUCUCGCUGCAGGAAUGUCGCCGAUAGUGUGAUUGUGUGACUUAUUUUUCCUCUGCCAAAAGCUACCUUUUGCUUUGGGGAAAAAAGAUCUGGCCCAUAGUGAAAAAUUUUCAAAAAGUUCACACCGAAAAAAAAGUGGAAGAGAUUUUUGUGCGAGAGAGAAAAAAAUUCCGGUGACGGGAAAGGUGAAAAAAAUUAGUGAGAGAAAACUUCUUUUCUUUUUCUGGGUGAAAAAAAAAAGUUUGUCCAUUUGAGGGUGGAUGAAAAGACAGGAAAAAUGAAAAAGUGACUUCGUCAUUUACAUAUUUUUUUUUUGAGGAGAGCGAGAGAGAGAGAGAGAAGGGUUCGAAAAGUGCCGUGCUGAGAGAGCAAGUGCGAGAGGCGAUAAAAAAGUAAAGCAAAAAAAAAUCAUUGAAGAUUUUUUUUUAGUGUUUGGUAAUUUUUGUGAUUAUUUUUGUCCCUUUAAAAAAAAGAGCGAAAAGGGCAAGUCAUCUGCAAAGUUUUGUGUACACGAGUUUUUCGGGAUAAAAAAAAUUAAUAAAAAUAAAUAAAUAAAUAAAGUGGUGUUCAAGAGGAUCGUCAGUUGAGUCAACAAGCGUCGUAAGCGACAGUGGAUUUUAAAAAGUUCGUUGCGAAGGAUCUUUGACCGGAAAAAAGUAUUAAAGUUGUUAGUUUCUGUUCUAAUAAGAAAAAAAAGAAUAUAAAAAAAAUUGUUCGCCAGGAGUAAAGGUAAAGCGCGAAAAGGUUCUCAAACUGGACUCAAACACGGACUCUGCUGUUAAAGCAAUGGGAAACAACGCCGCGACGGCGAAUAAGAAAGUUGACGCUGCCGAGAGCGUCAAGGAGUUCCUCGAUCAAGCUAAAGAGGAAUUCGAGGAGAAGUGGAAGCGCAAUCCCACAAAUACAGCUGCCCUCGAUGAUUUCGAUCGCAUCAAGACAUUGGGCACCGGCUCCUUUGGCCGUGUCAUGAUUGUCCAGCAUAAGCCAACAAAGGAUUAUUUUGCAAUGAAAAUCCUGGAUAAACAGAAGGUGGUAAAGCUGAAACAGGUGGAGCACACACUCAAUGAGAAGCGUAUCCUUCAAGCCAUCUCGUUUCCAUUUCUCGUCAGUUUAAAAUAUCAUUUCAAAGACAAUUCAAAUUUGUACAUGGUGCUGGAGUAUGUGCCAGGCGGUGAGAUGUUUUCACAUUUGCGCAAAGUAGGACGCUUUUCUGAGCCCCAUUCGCGCUUCUAUGCGGCCCAAAUUGUUCUCGCAUUUGAAUAUUUACACUAUCUCGAUCUCAUUUAUCGGGAUUUGAAGCCUGAGAAUCUACUUAUUGAUAGUCAGGGAUAUCUCAAGGUGACAGAUUUUGGUUUUGCCAAGAGAGUUAAAGGGCGCACGUGGACAUUGUGUGGUACACCAGAAUAUUUGGCACCUGAAAUAAUUCUCAGCAAAGGAUACAAUAAGGCAGUGGAUUGGUGGGCACUUGGGGUGUUGGUGUAUGAAAUGGCAGCUGGGUAUCCGCCAUUCUUUGCCGAUCAACCAAUUCAAAUCUAUGAAAAGAUUGUUAGUGGCAAAGUGCGGUUUCCCUCACAUUUCGGCUCAGAUCUGAAGGACCUCCUCCGUAAUCUCCUUCAGGUGGAUCUAACAAAGCGCUAUGGGAACCUUAAAGCUGGUGUCAAUGAUAUUAAGGGGCACAAGUGGUUCGCAUCAACAGAUUGGAUUGCAGUUUUUCAGAAGAAAAUUGAAGCGCCUUUUAUACCACGAUGCAAAGGACCAGGUGACACAAGCAAUUUCGAUGAUUACGAAGAGGAGGCGCUCCGGAUCUCAAGCACGGAAAAAUGCGCCAAAGAAUUUGCUGAAUUCUAAAAAAAAACAAAGACCUUACGCCGUACACCAUACGAAGAGAAGAAACAAAAAAAAACUUUAUGUGCUUUUUAUCAUUUUAUAAUUUGUUCUUUUGCCAUCCACAAACACUCUUUUUUGAGUUUUAUCUCCUUUCUUUUUUUGUUGUUGCCUGUUGCUGUCCAAAGAAAGAGAAUUAGAGAGAAAAAAAAAGAGAUGAAGUACACACAGAUGAUAAUCAUGCAAUACCUUCACCUAUUUAUUAUCUUAUAUAACAAGAAUUUUUUAAAAAAAAAGUCAUUUUAUUUGUCACUUUUUAAACUAAAGCUGAUUUUUUUGUAAGUUUAAAAUAAAAAAAGACCUUUUAUAAACUCUAAUUACAAAAAAAUUCUGACCUAUAACACUAAUUGCUGAGACUUUUUUCUACCUCUCCCAAAGAUUUUUUCUUGACUUUUGAGUUUUCUUUCCCAUUCCCUCAAUUUUUUUUGUCCAGUCUUCCGCUUUAAAAAAAAGAAAAGCGAGAAGAAAAUGCAGAGUUUUCCACAAAGAAAGAAAAAAAAGAGAGAACUCAAGACAAAUGUAAAAAAUAAAAGGAAAUGGGAAGAUGAAAAGAGAUUGUAGUAAAGCGGAGAGGAAGAAAUGAAGAUAAUUUUAAGGAGUUAAUUCAUAAAUGAAAAGUAAAUACACAACCAUCAAAUUGGGAAGAAGAGAGAAAAGAAAGUGUAGAUAUAUCGCCAAAAUAGAACAAUAGCAAGAAUGGGAAAACUCAUCAAAUCUGGCCAAAUCAUCUUAUCAUUCUUCAUCAUCAUUAUCACCAAUCAUGAUCAUCGCGACGUGCUCCACCAGAACAAAAAAAAAUAAAUGAAACAAUAAUAAAACAGAGUAAAUUCAACUGUGCGUGCUCCAAAUAGAACAUCCAACUCAACGCAGGAUUUUCAUCGUGGAUUCACAGUUGCAAAUUUGCGGAUGAAUUUGUGGAUUAAAUGCAGCAAAAUAUUAAACAGGUCUCAUCGAUUUGUGACUAUUUUCGUUCGUCAUCUCUUCAUUAUCCAUUCAACAAGUGACAUUCGAAAGGCGCAGUGCAAUUGUAUUUCGGGGUUGGAAAAAAAACAUGAGACAAAUGGAAGAAAAUGAGAGGAAAGCAGUAAGACUGUCAUCAUCUUGUAGAAAUUUAAAAAAAGGGAAAAGAGAAAAAGGCAAAAAAAAUGAUUAAAAUCAGGAAAAUGAGCUUCAAAACCAUUAUGGUUUUUUUUUAUAUUCAAAAAAACAAAGAGUAAAACAAGAAACAAAAUAAUAAGAUUUAAAGAAAAAAGAAAAGAAACUGUGGAUUUAUAUUUUAUCUAUAUGAUAGUUCCCUCUUUACACUAUUAAAAGUGUUUUUUUUUGAAUAUUACAUUAUGUAGAGAGAUAAAAAAUUAAUUUCUAUGAAAGCAUAAUUUUAUUUACCUAACAAAAUAACAAGUAUUUUGAUUUUUUCUGUUUUUAGUCAAUUGAUUUUUUUAAAUUAUUUGUAUAUAAAUCAGUAUAACGGAAUAUAUUUAAUCGAAAUAUCACUUGAUUAGUUUAGGUGAAUUUAUGGAAUUAGAUUUUUUUUGUUUAGAAAUUUUACCAUUGAUUUUAUUGAGAGGAAAAAUUUUUUUUCUGUGUAUUUAACAGGAGGAAAUAUCUAUAUUGAACAUAGAUUUUUCCACUAAUUUUUUUCAUUACAAAAUAUCACUUUACAAAAAGAUAAAAAAAAAAAGUAAAAGAAAAUAAUGCACAUUUUAUAUAGAGAAUAGGUAGUUUUAUGAGGAAAUUAUGGAAUUUGUCAUAUUUCUUUUUUCGAUAUAAAAAGAUUUAAAUAAUAAAAUAGGUGAAUUAAUACAGAAAAUAAAAAUAUUUACAUGAAUGCGUGUGAAAUUCAAAUAAUACGAAAUCAAUUUGUUGAUAAAAAUAUUCUUUGAGUGAAUAUCUUUUUUAUUUUCGUUGUAAACCUGCAGUGAAGAAAAGCCCUGGUGUUCUGUUUCACAUUUCUCUGAUUUAUUGUUUUAAACAAGAAUGAGAGAAUGUGAAAAAAAUACAAACUAGUAAGAAGGGAAAAUUCAUGAAAUUAUAUUGAGUGAGAAUAUGAUAAAAAAGGACUUGCUAGAGAAUAAAAAAAAAGAUUUAAAAUGAGGUUUUAUUUUUAUUGUUCUAUUGUGAAGGUGAAAAGUUGAAAGAAUAUUUUUUUUUCCAAAAGAAAAAAUUAUAUUUGUUGAGAGAUACAGAGUUCUUCAGUAUUUGAGGAAGAACUUUACUGAGAUACUGUAGUUCUUCUUCCAAUUUAAGAACAGAAGCUGAGUAUUUAUUCAACAAAUAAUGUUUUCUUUCUAAAGUAGGGUGUGUGUAAUCUUUGACUGCAACAAUUAUUUAUUUUUCUCUUUAUAUUAUUUUUCCCCUUUAAAGUAUUUUCAAUUCAGACUUGAAGAAUUGAACAAAAUAUUAUUUAUGUCUGUUUUUUUUUUCCUUUAGUUCUCGUAUUUUUACUAUAGGUGAAGUGUCUUCUAAUCGCGAUUUGGUGAGGAAAAUUUAAUGCUUUAUGGUGAAUCCAAAAAAAAAAAAUUAAAAAAUAAACUAUGUAUAUUUUUGAGUUGUUAUUAAUCUAUUGUUUGACAAAAAAUACGAAAAGUUUUGCAAAAAAAAAGAGAUACAAAUAUAAGUGUCUUGUAAAUAUUUACUAUAAAGCACUAUUCACAUGAACUUAAAUAUUUAACUGCGAAAAAUAUUUUAGUUUCAGCGGAAUGCUCUGAUUGGCUAAGGCUUUGAAUGCCUUUAAAGUUCUAGCCAAUCAGAAAAAUCUGUGGAACUUGUAUAUUUUGUGGAAAUAAAUAUUUAAAUACGUGUGGAUAGAGUAGGCGAUACGCACGGAUUUUUUUCCAGUAAAAUUAAAGUUUCAUAAAAAACACUGCGAAAAUUCUAGAAAACUGCAUCUCAUUCGUGCACCGAUGCUCGAUGAUACGAGUGAGGGCAACAAAUAAUAUUUACGCCAAAAACAUCCGUGCAUAUCGACUAACAUUAUUAUUUUGUGAUUAUUUAUGUUAGAUUGAUUUUAGUUUCAUUCUAUUUAAAUUUUCAUUCAUUUCUCGCAAUGUGCAAUUGAACAUUGUGCAGUACAAAAAACAAAAAAAAAAAACAGUACGUUGACUGAAUUUUGCAAUAACUGACAUUAUUGAUUUUCCUUUUUUUUCACCAACUGCAUACAUUACACAUGCAGCAUAUUUGCCCAAAUAGUCACUACAAUUUUUCUCUCUAAUUUUUUUUUCUGUGAAAUACAACAAAAAAAUUAGAACAAAAUAUGCAAAGACUCAUUAAAAGUACCCAUGGAAUGUGAGUAUGAAGAGGAAAAUUACAGAAUAACAAAUAUAUCUUCCGAAACAUUUAUUAUUUCUUCUCAUAUUUCGCGACAAAUUAGAAUUUUCGUUAAAUAGGGGGUCAGGAAAAAAAACGAAAGAUAUAAUGGUGUUUCUAUUUUAAGACUUGAAAUCAUUUAAUUUUCCCAUUUGCUCAUGUGUGCUGAGCAGCAAUGAAAAAUGUCAUGUGGUUGCGAGAUUCCUCUUUCUCCUAAAUCUACAUUUUAGAUAAAUUAUGAUCAUUUUAAAACAAUUUUCUUUCUAGAGAUACUUAGAUAAUUUUAUUCGUCGCCUUAGGAAUGUUCCACAGACUUUUCUCAAUUUGUAGAAGUUUCACAGUAAUAAAUCUUUGCCAUUUGAAAUAUGUCCACUUGCUUGUAAAACUGAUAUUCAAGUAAUGUUAAAUAAGUUCCACAGUUGUGAGUCUUGCCGGGUAAAGGAGCUGUCAAUCGGCCCUUCAGAAUCUAAACAAUGACCCAAGUAUCGAAUAAGUUCCACAGUCGAGACACUCCUGUUGGAAAUGAGACUUUGAUGUGGAACAGUAAAAGUCGAUACUGGCUCUCAGAAAGUCUAGUAUCCAGUAUAAACCUACUGAUCGAGUACUGGCACUACAUUAUUUUUUGGUGUGAGCUACAAGCUAAUUAAUGAAACACGCUGCUGUUUAAGUCACGAAAGUGGAAUUGCGAAUGUGGAAAUUAUUCAAAAUUCGCAAACUAAGUAAGGAGCAUCCACUGAUCUUGAGAAUCUUACCCGGCCUUAGAUCAUGCCGAGAUAUCUCAAUUUUUAAUGUCCCAUACAAUGGAGUAAGUUCGGAAUUUGUUCAAGAGCUCAUGACCUUUUGAUUAUUAGCGUGAUGUGUUCUAUUUUAUGGUAGAAAUAUUGAGUACGUUCUACUAGGUCAGAAUAUACCACAGCCAGUUAACUGACACAAUAGAUCAAAGAAUGUUCAACAUAUUAUUAUUAUUAAUCGUAUCGAGAUAUUUGUAUUACGAGAUAAUCAUUUUACAAUAUGGGAAUAUCUACUAAGUUCAGUUGUAGGCCACCCAGGAACGCCUUGUCGUAAUGUGGAUGCUUUUUUCAUGCUCCCAGACUUGUUGGCGGUUCAGAUCUUUGCACCGGGUGGGACUCGAAUUCCCAACAACUGUGGGUCAACCACGAGAUCUAUCUGCCCAAGAGCCAGCGCUCUUACCCAUUACGCCACUGAGAUCAUCUGUUCAACAUACAGUAGACUCUCUCUCAAUCGGGAAUUUGGGGCAAAAUGUCAUCCAGAUUAUCGAUAGAUUUGGGCGUCAGUCAUUAUAAAUUCCACAAAAAGUGCUCAAUUAUAAAGAAUCAUGAUAAGAGGAACCACAGCGAAUUUCAGCAAAUUAGCUUCAUAAUUAAACGUGAAAAUUGCCAACAAAAUUUUUCGCCCGAUCGAAAGAGCCAAUUGAGCGAGAGUCUACUGUAGAAAGAUUGUGGUGUUCAGUUUCAUAAUCCGUUUUAAACAUUUUUGUAACCAGUGUCCCGAUUGUGGAACUGGUUAAUAUUGUAAUAUUAUUUCGAAUUCAAAUCUGGGACCAAGUACUGAAUAUGUUCCACAUUCGCGAAGGGACAAAACACUCGUUUUGGGACUUAGACUUAGUGUGGAAAUUGAAAGACAAUUUUCGAAUAAACUUAAAAAUGAUCGGUAGAAAAUUUGGUCAGAGCAUUCGCCUACACAGCUAAAGGUCUUCAGUUCAAGCCUGAAUGGAGGCAGAAAUUUUUCCUUUUUUUACUCUGGGAAAAAAUAGGGAGUGAGUGUUACAUGCUCUUACUUCCGAUAUUAUGUACCAAGUUUAAACACUAAUAACUUUCGAUCUUUCGAUUUUUCAAUGAUCUAAGCCACUUAAGUUGCACAAUUGAGCAGGUUUCACAAUUGAGACACUCCGGUUGGAACUUAGGCGGUGAUGACAAUAUGUCCCACACUUUUUUCUUUAUUUUCAACCGUAACUCCCUAAUGAAGUCGUGGGCUUAGGGCACCUAGUUCAGGCAUACACGUGAAAUCUUCGAUGAGAUCCUGAAUUUAUUUCAGCCGCCUUGUAUUAGGCUUUAAAAUGAAUUGUUCCACACUUGGUUAUCUGAAUUGGAUAGUAGAUACGAAUACCCGUUAAAGCUCAGAUCUUGAUGUCAGAUGGCUUGGUCAUCAAGAAGUGUCAAACUAAAUACCUAGUCAGACGCUCUUAGGCAGCAAAUUCUUUUCUACAUUCUUGCCGCUCAGAUCUUCAGGUCCAUGAAUGUGGAACAGAACAUAUUCCACAUUCGUGACAUUAUUUUUCAUUCUGUUACAUUAUUUUCGUCAGUGCAUGAGACUCUCUCGAUAAGAGGGGUAUCUGUGUACUUGAAUCAAGAUGACCGAAAAAAGGAAUAUGUUCGACAUUCGAGACACAUUCGUUGGAACUUUAACACUAAACCUACCAUUACCCGGGCAAAUUGACCGGUUUAAAAUUAACACAUAUUUAAACGGCACUAUGUAACUAUCAAACUUUAUGAAUUUCCUAAAAUAUGCAUAUAAUAUAUUUUUCAGUGUUUAAAUUUUAAUUUUUUCCUAUUUUCCAAGACAAAUUUGUUGAGUGUCCUAUUCUGCCACGGUUUGUCAUUUGAGCGAAAAACGACCGAAAACGGUCGGUAGGUUUAGUGUUAACUAAUAGGUAUCUCUGAGUUUAUUUGGUAUCGAGUUAUCACUAUACUUUACAAUCUGAAUUUAUGAUAAAAUCACUUCUUGAUUAGAAAGUGCUCUAUAAAUGGUUUUUAGGAUUUUAAAUGUUAUACAAGUUCCACACUCACAACAUUUCAUUUGGGACUUAAAUUAUAAUAUUGAUCAUUAAUAAUCAAUAUGGUUAGUUUCUACAAGCAACCGUUGACUCUCUCAAAAUAUUUUCGUUGCAACUUUAACAUAGGUAUACCUAAGUUUGGUAUCAAAUAUUCCCUUUGGAAACUAAAUUUCGGCUCCUGGAUUAGCAAAUGCUCUAUAAGUAUCGCUUAGAAUUUUCAGUGUAAACAAGUUCCACACUCUCAAUAUUUCUUUUGGGACGAUAACAGUAGUGUUGGUCAUUUGUGAUUCUGGUGUUAAGUUUCUACAAGCAAUUGUUGACUUUCUUGAUCAGAAGAAGCAGCAUACUUGAAAUUCGAAUAUCGAAGCAUUAAACAAGUUCCACAUCCGAGACAGUUCCUUUGGAACUUUGGACCUCUCCUUGAUUAUCAAAUGCUUCAUUAGUAGCGCUUAGGGUUCUAUGAGUGUAAAUAAGUUACACACUCACAACAUUACUUUUGGUAAUAAACAAGUUCCACAGUCGAGACACUUUUGCUACUAAGUAGACGGUGGUGUAGAACUUUGAUUAUCUGAUUUAUCAGUCUUGGUAAUUGUACCCUUCUACUGAGAUUCUCUGGAAGUAUAGCAAUUGGACCCAAGUAGGAAAGCGAAAACAAAUCCGUAAGAAACAUUUCAGUAAAUAUUUCACAGAUAAAAAAAUGAGAGAAAAUCUAUGCAAACCCUCUUUGCAUUCUCCACUGGAAAGAAGAUGAAAUAAUUUGCAUAUUUAUGCAAGUGUACUGUAUGUAGGUACAUAACAAACUUUUGUUCUAUGUCUCCUUAUGCAUAAAAAUGCAAAGUUGUAGAAAUCAGCAAAAGAGAAAAGGAUAGCUUAAAGACAGAGACUUUACACGAAGAAAACCUGACUGAGACGUACGAUUAUUUUUUUUGACUUUUUUUUUUUUUAAAUCAUCUAUAAGUUUUUUCUUUCUUUUCACCGUGAACAUUUAUGUGAAAUCAUAAAAGGACAUGAGAUAAUUUAAGUAAAAAAAAGAGUUCAUUGUGCAGUAUAUUCUUUUUUGGUUCACAAUCUUGUUUGUGUGUUUAGUUUAAGAAGCCGCGCAUUUAUAAUCCGCAAUAUUAAAAUAUUAUUAAUGAAAAAAAUAGAUAAUAUUAGCAAAAUAAUUAAACAUUACAAAAUAAUACAACAUAACAUGAAGUGUAAGAAACACAGAAUAAGAUCACUUGAAAGAGAAACAGUAACUGUUCUGCAAAAGACCCAUUAGUUAUAUAAAAUGUUAGGAUGAGAGAAUUAAAAAAAACCCAGAAAAUCAUCAUAAAUGGUAAUACAAUUUUAGGUAAAAAAAAAAGAAGAAAUCACACAUACAAUUUUUGUAAUAGACAGAGGAAAUAUUUCGUGUCGUAAUAAGAUAAGAAAGCUAAGAAAGGUGAAAAGUAAAAAUAACAUGAAUUAGAGGAGUAAUAAAAAAAGAAAAUCCUUUUCGUUAGAUGAUGAAAAAUAAAUAAUAUGAAAAUGAUAGUACAUGAAAAAUUCAUAUUUAAUACAAGAAAAACUACACCAAUUAAAUUAUACAUAAUCGAUCGUCAAUACUUCAUUUUCAUUGUUAAGGGUACAAGCACAAAAGAAAAUUUUCACCAAUUUUUCCAUCAAUACACAAAAUGAAAAAAACACCAUUACUUUUUAUCACAAAGAAGAACACCCAUUUAAAUGUUCUUUAAACGUAAUGUAAAAAUUGAAAAAAAAUAAAUAAAUAAAAAAUUUGAGACGCUUUUCAAAUCUAUUUUUGUUGAAUUUUUUUUCUCAAUUUAGAUAAACUCUAAUGAUACAUUUAAAAAAAAACCUAUUAGGAUAUAUAGUCAUGAAUAAAAAAAAGAAAACCUAUAUGAAGAAAAUCCUUUUGGAAAUCAUAAUUGUGAGAAAAAUAAAAAUUUUAGUAUAAAAAUUACUUAGACAAAGAAAUGAAUAUAAACUUAAAAAAAUGACAAACAAUCUUUUUAGAUCUGCCUGAAUAAAAUAAAUUAAAAAGAAGAAAAAAAUAUGAAAAAAUAUAUUAUUAAAAAAAAUUGAUAUAGUGCGUAUUUGAGCAAAUGUACGAAGUAACAAAUUGAAAAAAAAAUCCUUCGAUAUUUUCCAUUUUCAAAAUGUUCAGAAGAGAGAGAAAGAGUGAUAGAGAGAGAGAGAGUGAAAAAAAGAAUAACGCGUAAGAAAGUCUUUUUAUUUUCAAAAUAAAAUUUUGUAUUAAAAAAAUUUCGCAUUCUUUAGUAACACUUCUCACCACAAAAAAACACUCUUUUAUCACUAUAAGAGAUUAAUAAAUUAGCAAAAUAUAUUUGCAAAUGUAAAUAGCGAAAUAAUUUCAUUCAUCAAAUUAAACAACAACAAAAAAAAUUAUUAAAUUAUUGUCAUUAUUGCCCUGUUAUCAUGAUUAAAUUAAGAGAAAAAAGAAUCAUCUGAAAAAAAAAGAAAAUUAGAGAAAUGUGGAAACUAAUAGAGGUUUUAAAAAUUUUGAUUUAUAGGUUUGUGAAAGGUGUAAAAACAAAUAUUAAAAAAAAGCUUAAUUGAGGAAAGAAAAAAUAGGAAAUGUGAAAUAAAAACACUUUAACAUAAUGUAAUGUGUGUUUAAACUCUAAACUAUAAGAAAAUGAUGAAAAAAAAUAUACAAAUACUUUAUUAAAAGAAAAUAUUAUUAACUAAAGAUUAAUGAAAGAAAAAUAAAGUCUACUACAAUAGAUGAGGGAACCCAAGAAUACCUUAUUAAUGAUGAAAAAAAAUCUUAGAAAAAAAAUCGUGUGUGAAGGAACCAAUUCAUUAAAAUUCUAUUUAAAAAAAAGAAAA